AUGACAGCGGAGGUUUUUACCCGUAACGGCUUUGAUAUGGCCGGUGCCGCAGCGGCGAUUGCGAACAGCAGCAGCGGGGCCCCCAAACGGCUGCAGCAACGAAUAGCAGAGGAGCUGCGCGUGUCGUACCUGACUCCCAGCGGUGGGGGAAACGAAGGCAACAGCAGCAGCAACGGCCACCACGGCAGCAACAGCGGGAGCAAGACGGAGGAUGAUGCCGAUGAUGCACAAAUUCUUGCCGAGUACAUUCUACAUUUGCUGCUGAGGGAGAAGGCACCGACAGACCGUCUGUUGGAGGAACUAAAGGAAUUCUUAGGGCAGCCAGCUGACGACUUCACUCGUUGGCUUCAGCGAGAGCUGCAGCAACAGAGCGCUGCCUGCGGCAGCAGCAGCGGGAGACGCCGCAGCAGCAGCAGGUCCAAGCAUGUCAGCAGCAGCGGCAAGCACGGCAGCAGUAGCAGUAGCAGCGCCAAGCAUUCGAGCACAAACGACGGCACGUCACGAGGGGCGGGCGGCAGCAGCAGUAGCAAGCAAGGCAGCGGCAGCAGCAGACAUGGCAGCAGCAGCAGCCACAGAUACAGCAGUAGCUCGCAGCACGACUCGUCGCGAGUGGAGGGCCGCGUCUCUCGAAGUGACACGAUUUCUCGCCGACUCAUCCUUAUGCGUGCGGCAGAGCAAGCCGCCGUGAGCAGCCGCAGCGGCGGCUUGCGCAGCGGAAGGUCGCACCGGUCGCCUCUGCGAGGCCGGCGCAGCAGGAGUCGCAGCAGGAGCCGCAGCAGGAGUCGUAGCAGCAGCAACGGGAGUAGCGAAACUCCCCCCAUGUCGCGUUCUAUCUACAUCAUGGGAAGCACCAACAGCAAAAGGAGCACUCCCUCACCUCCUCCUGGCUCUGUUUGGAGUGCUGCUGCUGCCGCGCAUGCCCAGCAACAGCAGCAACAGCAGCAGCAGCAGCAGCAGACACCAGGCUCUGUUCCUGCUGGGGAAGUCUACCGGUCGCAGCCGAAACCCACAACUUUCGAGGUUCAGCAGGCGAAGCAGCAUCAGCAGCUCAUGCAGCAGCAGCAACUGCUGCAGCAGCAACAGAUGCCGCAACAGAUGCCGCUCUUGCCUGUCGCGGCGACGGCGCCAGCGGAUAUCUCAGCGCCGGAGGCAGGGCUGCAGCGUGGGCCAAAAGCCAUUUUGAAGCCAAACCCUCGGUUUGUGGAAGCUUUCCUCGCUGCGGAACACGGGCCUGUCGGGGAGCCCCCCUUCCCAGUGCAUGCUGCUUCUGCUGCUGCUGGGCCAUCUGUGCACGCCAUGCUUCCUCCGCAGCAAGCGAACCCUCACCAGCGGAUGCCGAUGCAGCCGCAGCAGCCGCAGCACGCGCCGCACCUGGCCGGCUCGACGUUUCCGCAAGCCAAAGUCCGCCGCCGGUGUCUUCGCUGGCCUGAUUGCCCAUUUGGUCCGAAGUGCAACUUCAUUCACCCUGCAAUUCGCUGUGCCAACUUCCCACGUUGCCCAUUUGGCGCUUCUUGCUUUUACUUGCAUCCUCCUGUCAAGUGUCGUUACGGGCAGAACUGCCAAAAUCCUAGCUGCAAUUUCCAGCAUCCUGAGAGACCGGGAUGGAUGGGGGAGCUAGGAGAAGAUGGACUAUUUAGGAAUAAAGUCUGGACGAAGGACAGCCAGACUGCCGCACCGUCAGAAACAGCGCCAAAUCCGGGAGGUGGCGCUUCGACGGCGCAGCAGAAUGCUGCUGUUGCUGCUCUGAGUUUUACACUGCCGUCGACUCCGCCCUCCUUGAAAAGGAGGCAGGCGGCUGCGCAGCAGCAGGAGCUUCCAUCCUUGACACUCCCGCCUGCUGCAGAUGGUGCCACAACGGACCCAGCUGCUGGCGCUGCUGCCCUUGCUGCUACUCCUGCUGCCCCCGGCGCUUCCGUCGAAGGUGGGGACGGCGCCGACAUUGAGCUUGAUGGGGACGCACCUGAAGCAGCGGCCAUGGCGGAGGAUGUCUCGGCCUCAGCGUAG